CAAAUCCUAUACUUACUGCAAAGAUUCAUGAUAAAAUGCGCUAUUUUAAUGGAUUUGAUGAUUUCGAACCUCAAAUAUCUAAUAACCAUUAUGUAUAUGACUUUGAUCUUGGUCCUAAAAAUCAAAAAAACAAAAAAAUCACACAAAAUUAUGUGGAUCUUUUUAUCAAAGAGUUCAAUGUUCAAUUUGAAGAAACACAAACAAAUGAAAAAUGGAAUGAGGCCACGAUUACUGAAAUUGCUGAAGCAUACUUCAAAACCUUAAAAAAAGAGCGAAAUACUACACCAGCUAUGAAACUUUUAAAUGAUCAACACUCAAGACGCUGCAAGCGACGUGAUACAGUAACUAAAUAA